AUAUAUCGCGGGUUUGUCUCUGUGCGAUAUAGAAAAUGACUAUAUCGUGAUAUUCAAGUAUACGUUCUCACGCAGUUGCUUUUAGCUGCGGGCAUUACACUGCAGGCUUUUCUCACACUUUGUUGUCUCUGCUUCUCACAGAGACAUAAAACAAGCGCACCUUCUUACAUACGUCACAUACGUAUACGCCCUCGCGGAGCAGAGAGGUAGCGGUAUGGGUAACGUUAGCUGUGGUGCGAGUGGUAAUACGAGAGAAAGAAGGUACGAAUCUGGUAACAAAAGAAGGAAGAAUUAAUUCCCAAAAAAAUCAGCAGGGGGUCCAUGGUCUGGCGGUGGUUUGGCUUCAAGCGGGAAUAUGUCGAACAGACAACCGUAAUUUGUCAAGUGUGGGGCAAAAGUGUUGCUACAAAAAGUAGCAUUACUGCUAAUGUGUAGCAUCAUUUGAAAAGUCACCCGCUAGAGAAUGAAGAGUGCUUGAAACUCCGCAUGUCAACAUCUCCGUUCGGUGCCACACCAACAAAAUGCCGAGGCAACCAUUUCCACAUCAACGCCGUAUGAAAAAAAUAGUCAACAACAGAAGGAAAUAACGUCCGCAGUAACCUACCACAUAGCGAAGGACAAACACCAUUUGAUUUCCUGUUAUACAGCUCAUAUUUAUUUCACAGUUAUUGAAAUAUCUUGUGUGACAUCAUGCACAAAAGUGCACUUUAUUUGUUUUAAACUAUUGUAGUGGCGUUCUGUACAAAAAGUGUUGUUUUGAUAUGUCAUCUUAGUGACAUCAUGCACAAAAGUGCACUAAUAGCUUGUUUUAAAGUGUCUCUGACAGUCUUGCACUUUCUGUUUUGAAAUGACAUAAAUGUUUGUGCCACUGCUUAAUAACUGUUUCAUAAAUACAGUUUUGGUCAAUUGACUUAGUUGUGAUUUCCCUCUCUGCAUGAAAGUUUAAAAUUAGCAUAUAUUAAUGCAGUAUGAACAAGAAUGUUUUAAUGUAUAGAAUCAUCAUACUGCUGUGAUUAUAUGCAUCAAGUGUUAAUUCAAGGCUAAGGCAAAAUAUCGAGAUAUAUAUCGUGUAUCGUGACAUGGCCUAAAAAUAUUGAGAUAUUAAAAAAAGGCCAUAUCGCCCAGCCCUAACUGGAGGAGAUGCGGAUGAAGAGACAGGGCUUCGGAGCUGGCGCUAAGCGCCGGGACAGACAAGCUUCACAGUGUCUUGGUUGAAUGAGCAGGUAUCGGACACCUCGGUCUCCUUGGACGUAUCCUCGCUCAUCCAUGCGCACUGGACACUGGCCGAGAGUUGGUGGGCGGCUGAGGGUGGAGUCGGCUCUCUUGGUUGCUUUGUUGGGUCUGCUCCUGUCUCUGGCCAUGCUUCCCGACCCCAGCAGACGAUGGCAUGCAACACCGUAGAGGCCACCACAGUGUAUGUGUUGUUUAUUUACUUUUGUGGCUAUGUGUAGAAGUGGCUGGUUGCUUCAGCUCUGCUUUUUUAUUGUCUUUAAUGUCAUUUGUGUUCUAUGAUGUUUUCCUCUUACACGCAUGUUUAUGUGUACUAUGGCUAUAAUGUUUUUUUUCCUUGGCCUCAGUCUGGACCCCCUCUCCAGUGGCCCUAACCUGACUCUCGCUCGCUGAGCUCCACACAAGAAUCUGGGAGUUCUCAAUAGGAUGUGUAUUUCAGAAAGCGGGGCCUUGUAAAAAAUAUCAUUGUAUGUGCUUGGAUAAACCACUUGUCCCUUAUCUUGAAUGAUGUGCUACUUCAACCACUCAUGUCUAAAUCAACCCGUGACGCUGAUGAGAGCGACGCUAUGAAAUCCAAACCCGGUCGGAAAAAGAACCAAAACAUUCUUGCCACCAAUAAAUGCCUUCAAAACCGUUCUCUGUUCAUCUUAUAAAUACUUAAUCGAUCGAUGUCGCAAAACAGUUGCAAUAGCAGAAUCAAUGUCAGCACACGACUCCUCGCUGCGUGCCGCCAUUGUUGUUUGAAUCAAACAGUCGCUUUGGCGCUACGUCACAACUAUGAAAUCCCGCGAGGCGAUCCUGAUUGGUUCAUUAUUUUUUGCUAUCUGGAAGGAGUUUGCAAUGCCUUCGAUCCCAGACCGUUGUGUUGAGCUCAGCGAACUACAAGGGUCUGACGCAAGUCAGGUUACAGUGGCCCAGGCUUAGGACUGAAUUUUUUUUUUGCUCCUGAAUCAAAAUUUAAUCGUGAGGUGCCCAAAUAGUCCCACCUCUACAAGCUACGUUGAGUAACUGUAAAUGUGUUUAAUAAGGAAGCAAGUCCAACAAAACCUGUCUGGUGACUCUUGCCAAAUGCCUUCUUUCAAGAAAGAGGCAUGCAAUGAUACACACGCUCUUUUUCUACUCAGCCAAAAAUGAUAUUAAGUAAAUUAAAACGCGUGUCUUUAUUACUGAUACUCUUUGUUGCCGUGGCUGUGACGUGUCUUGUCCCCUCGGCCUUCAGUUGGUUAAGGUUUUUGUCAAAGCCGGAUAUUUUUUUGGAGGCUAUCGCAGACCCGCAGACGCCUCAUGAGGUGGAACCUACAGCGACACAUUUCAGUCAGGUGGAGGCCGUAAACGUGAGCGCUGGGAACAAGACUUUGAGAACCUGUCCUGACACGCCGCCGAACCUUGUAGGUCCUCUGUAUGUGGCGUUUAACAGUCGCUUGGUUCUGGAAGAGGUUUGGAGGGUGGUCGGGAGUCCUGCUCUACAUAUAGGUGGGCGAUACAAGCCACUUGAUUGUACCUCACAACACAAGGUGGCGAUAAUCAUCCCUUUCCGCAAUCGACAGAAGCACUUGAAUAACUGGCUUUUGUACCUCCAUCCCAUUCUGAUCCGGCAACAGUUGGACUACGGCGUGUAUGUCAUCAACCAAGCCGGAGAAGGAUUGUUCAACCGGGCCAAGCUGCUCAAUGUAGGCUUUGUGGAGGCACUGAAGGAUUACGAUUACAACUGUUUUGUCUUCUCAGAUGUGGACCUAGUGCCCGUGGAUGACCGCAACUUGUACAGAUGCUUUGAUAAUCCCAGACACUUGGCUGUGGCGAUAGAUAAAUUCCAAUUCAGUUUACCUUACGACACUUACUUUGGAGGCGUCUCGUCCUUGUCCAAGGAGCACUACUUAAAUAUCAACGGCUUCUCAAACACUUUCUGGGGCUGGGGCGGGGAGGACGAUGAUAUUUAUAACCGAAUCAUCUACGAUGGGAUGUCCAUUUCACGACCGGACAUGGUGAUCGGACGAUACAAGAUGAUCAUACAUGACAGGGACCUGCACAACGAGGCCAAUGAGUUGAAUCCGGUCAAAGUCAAACAAACCCUAGAGACGAUGGAUCACGACGGUUUUAAAUCCCUUAAGUACACUGUUGUUGGUGUUGAGAAGAAAAAACUUUAUAGUUUUAUUACUGUGGACAUCGAAGCUCCUUCAUCUUUAGAUUCUACCUUUGAAAGGUCCCUAAUCAUGCAAAACUGACUUUAAGAGCGUACAACACCCCCCCCCCCC